AUGGAGGAACCGAUGGUGUGGGCCGGUAGCGAGGACAAGACCAUCUUUGUCAUCGAUCCACGCACCCUCAACAUCAUAAAUACAAUCAACCAUCCCGAGAUGCUCAUGAUCAACUCGCUGAAAUCGAUUGCCAAUUCGAUCUGGUCGUGUUCGCGUGACUCUUCGAUCAGAAUGUGGGACCCACGCACCUACGAGUGCAAGGGUGUCCUCGACCAAUACCACACCGACGCUGUAACCGACGCCGUCUUUUGCUUCAACAGCCGAAAGGUACGCUGGGAAUUCUGGAGUGCCAGCUACGACAAGUCCAUAUGCAUCUGGGUAGUUAGUUCCGAUAGUUUACAACCACCACCACCAAACAUCUCUGUCUAA